AUGAAAGCUAAAGAACAUUUACAAUAUGUAUUUAAAUCAUGUUGUAUCCAUUAUAAAAGAAAUGUUGACCAUUACCCUUAUUGUGCAGAUACAAAACAUGAUAUGCUUGAAAUUCUUAAAGCAAAUUCUUCUGAAGAAAUUAAUCAAAUAUUUGGACAAAUUAAAAUGCGUAAUGAAGAUGGUAUACAAAAUUGGCUAGAAUAUUAUCAGAAACCAUGGGUUCUGGGUUCAUUAACAUAUCAUUAUUCCUUAAUGUCAUAUGAAGAUUGGCAGACAACACCAUUUGAUACUAAUAUUGCUGAAAGUGCUCAUGCAAUGAUUAAUCGAACAGGCAAAUCAUUGAAAUUAAAAAUUGCAAUUCUAAGGUAA